GCCCUCGUCUCGGGUCCGCUCCGCCCCCAACUCUAUAAAAUGCAGCGGCCACAAGACGCUCUUGUGCGCCUUUAAUUUGAGUUGGGUGGUGUGUCUUGUGGGGAGAGGCUAAAAGGCGCCGCCGCCGUUGCCGCCGUUGUUGCUGCCUCACGAUGCCUUCAAUUAAACUGCAGAGCUCUGAUGGAGAAAUAUUUGAAGUUGAUGUUGAAAUUGCAAAACAGUCGGUAACAAUCAAGACUAUGCUGGAAGAUUUAGGAAUGGAUGAUGAAGGGGAUGAUGAUCCUGUUCCUCUUCCAAAUGUUAAUGCAGCUAUACUAAAAAAGGUGAUUCAGUGGUGUACCCAUCAUAAAGAUGAUCCUCCUCCUCCUGAGGAUGAUGAGAACAAAGAGAAACGAACAGAUGACAUCCCUGUGUGGGACCAAGAAUUUCUCAAAGUAGACCAAGGAACUCUCUUUGAACUUAUCCUGGCUGCGAACUACUUAGACAUCAAAGGCUUACUGGAUGUCACAUGCAAGACUGUUGCAAAUAUGAUUAAAGGAAAAACACCAGAAGAAAUACGCAAGACCUUCAAUAUUAAAAAUGAUUUCACUGAAGAGGAGGAAGCCCAGGUACGCAAAGAAAACCAGUGGUGUGAAGAGAAGUGAAGCUUUGUGCCUGAUACCUAACAACACUGUAAGAAUUGUUCCAAAUAUCAGUUGCACUGCUCUGUUUAUAAUUGUUAAUAUUAGACAAAUGCAGCAGCAAAUGAAGUUGUACUAGUCUGGUGGUGUUCUAUUUGCAUGUGUAAUGUUUGAAUAUAGAUUUAAAUCCUGUGGUUGAGUUUUUGCCAGUGUAAUCUGAUUUCCUUAUUUUCCCUCUUCUCUAAAUAAAACUAAACUCCAUGCAGGUUCUGUAUGGCAAUUAGCACUGCACACUAGCCCUUCCAUGCUUCUGAAUGUUUCACUGUCACAUUAAAAUAUUUAGGAUGUCAGAAUUCAGAAGUAUCUGACAUUGUAAAUAAAACUACUUGCAAAAGUUUUGUGAAACUGAAUCGGUGAAGCCUACUUUUAUUCAUGGAGUAAUAGCUUCUCAGAGCCACAAAAUGUUUUAAAAAACAAGUUGGAAUAAUUGUUUUGGGAUUUCUUCCAUUCUACAUCUUUUGUAGUAGAGACAGUUAUUGUUAAAACUAAAAUAAGUUUUGCUUGAUACUUAACAUUCUGAUGCUCUAAUAUAGGUGUGACCCUGGUAGUGACUGGGCAGUUAAAGCCCUCUUCUGACUAAAUACUUGUAGCUUCUGUAAAGAAGCAUAGUAUUUGGUUCUUAAACCAAUAGAAAUCUCUGUAUUUGAUUAAAAAUAGAUUUGUAAAAAAACAUUUCUUGGACAGUGAAUAUCGGGCUUCCUAUUAGUUAAGCUUCAGUAUUUCCUUAUAGCUAUCGGAAAUGCUUUAUACUACUUUGAAAAGGCCUGGAACAUUUGUACAUGACAUCAGAUUGCAGUGAUUUGUCACUGCAUGCUGAGUGGUGAUAUUGAUGUUGUAUUAUUUAGGAUCAAAACACUUGCCAAAAGCUUAGUAAUUUUUUCAUUCUUUAUGAUUCUGUUUAGGGAUUAGAGGAGUGAUAUGUAAUAAGCAAUUGAGCUUGUACUGCAUUCCAUUUUCUGUAUGCACACUAGGUAGAAUAUAAGUUAAAUAAAUAUUUACUUUAAAGAUCA